GCGCCGUCCCUCCGCGUGGAUGUAUCUACCACAUGAGCGAAGAGGAACUCGAGGUGCUUCGCGCACAACUCGAUGACCUUCUCGACAAGGGCUGGAUUCGCCCUAGUUGCUCGCCAUACGGUGCCCCUGUUCUCUUCGUCCGGAAGAAAGAACAAAGAUCUACGGUUAUGCAUCGAUUAUCGCAAACUUAACGCACAAACCGUAAAGAACGCCGGCCCUCUCCCUCGGAUUGAUGAUCUCCUUGAGCGGUUAGGCGGCGCGACGUACUUCUCGAAGCUGGACUUGAAGUCGGGUUACCACCAGAUUGAAAUCCAGCCUCAAGAUCGGUACAAGACCACGUUCAAGACGCGGUACGGGCAUUUUGACUGGGUUGUCAUGCCAUUUGGCCUCACCAAUGCCCCCGUGACUUUCCAAGCAGCUAUGACGACUGAGUUUCGCGACUUGCUCGAUCGCAGCGUCCUCAUUUACCUCGAUGACAUUUUGGUUUAUAGUAGGACGUUGGACGAGCACAUCGUACACCUUCGCGCUGUUUUGGAUCGUUUGCGACUAGCCAAGUACAAAGCGAAUCUCGACAAGUGUGAGUUCGCCAAGCAGGAGCUUGAGUACUUGUGUCAUUUUGUCACGUCGAAAAGCAUUCGUCCCUUAGCGGACAAGAUCCAAGCCAUCGUGGAUUGGCCAGAACCCCGUUGCACGACGGAUGUACGCUCUUUCAUGGGUUUGGCUGGAUAUUAUCAGCGAUUCGUCGAGUCAUACUCGAAAGUUUCCGCUCCUUUGUCGAGACUUCAGUCCCCGAAGGUGCCCUUCGACUUCGACGACGCAGCCCGUGGUGCGUUCACUACGUUGAAGGCAGCRAUGCAAGCCGCACCUGCCCUCCGCAUAUACGACCCCACUCUUCCCACCCAAGUGACUACGGACGCUUCGGGAUACGGUAUUGGUGCGGUGUUGGAACAGUGUCACGAGGACGGUUGGCAUCCGGUCGAGUAUUUCUUCCAGAAGGUGCCUCUCGUCAACACUCUCGACGACGCUAGGAAGAAAGAGCUACUCGCGUUCGUCACCGUUCUCAAACGGUGGCGCCACUUUCUUCUCGGYCGUCGGCGUUUUAAAUGGAAUACGGACAACAAUCCGUUGACCUUUUACAAAACGCAGGAUACGGUCACUAGCACGAUCGGUGGAUGGAUGUAUCACAUCGCCCAGUUCGACUUUGACCCGUGCCACAUUCCCGGUCCCGCCAAUCGAGUUGCGGACGGCCUCUCACGACGGCCCGAUUGUUGUGCCACUGUGACCACGGCAUUCGACCUCGAUGACGAUCUGCAGCCGCACUUCGUCAAAGGCUACAAGUCCGAUCCGACUUACUCUACACUUUACGCGGAGCUUUCAUCGGAUCGCCCGCCGGCUAGCCACUAUCGAAUUUCCGACGGGUUCCUUCUCCUUCACACGAGAGGAAAGGACUUGUUAGUUGUGCCCCAAAAUCGCAUCUUACGGACUCGUCUUCUCGGCGAAUUCCACGACGCACGACUUUCGGCACACCUUGACGUGAACUGCACAUUAACGCGCCUCCGCCAGCGUUUUCACUGGCCCGACGUCCUUCAUGACGUCACGAGGUACAUUGAGUCAUGUGCAGUUUGCCACCGUAACAAGGGUCGAUCUCGAGUCCCCUUCGGCGAACUGAAACCGUUGCCGAUUCCUCGGGCACCACGCCUCUCCAUUGCUAUGGACGUAACAGGCCCGUUCCCCCGCGAUCGCCAUGGCCAUGACGCACCGGAGCUCGCACGAUUCUUGCACCCCAACCAGGGUGUUCUGGAAGACAUAGUGAGCGACCGAGAUACUCGCUUCAUGUCGGCCUUUUGGACUUCCCUCAUGGCUGAGUCCGGUACGACAAUGAAGCUGAGCUCGGCUCGGCACCCGCAGACGGAUGGUCAGACGGAGCGAGCACACCAGACCGCUCAGAUGAUAUUGCGUACGUUCAUCCAUCCCGACCAGAAAGAUUGGGUUGACCGGCUUCCCGACAUCGAGUUCGCCUAUAACACUUCGGUGCACCCGGCGAUCUGCGUCACACCAUUCGAGCUACAUCAUGGUGGAGAGAAAGCACGGAUCUUCGCUGAUCUCCUUUUGCCACAGGCUGCCGACAUAGACGUCCCUUGCUCUCCCGCUUCCAUUCGGAAGUACCUGGACUUGCUGAUCAAAGCCCGCGCGAAUAUGCAAAAGGCUCAGAUCCGCAUGCAGCGGCAGGCUAACCGACGUCGACUCCCAUGUCCUUUCCGCAAGGGAGACCUUGUUUGGGUCUUCUCCGAGGAAUUUGCGCUCGAGCAAGACGUUUCGCGCAAACUCCUUCCGAAAUGGUUCGGACCAUGGGAAGUCACUUCUGCCGUUGGAGACGACCCCGCAGGUCCUUCCUUUCCGGUCAACAUUCCCCCGCACCUUCCAGUGCACCGAGUCUUCCACGUGUCGAAGCUGGCCAUCUACACGCCACCUUCCGCCGACGAGUUUCCCGGUCGUCGAUCACAUGAUCCGCCUUCUAUGGACGGACAUCAGGAAGUCGAACGAGUCAUCGUGCACCGCAAGUAUGGCAACAAGCCAAUGCAGUUCAAAGUCACAUUCAAGCAAUAUGCGCCUGACGACACUCGAUGGAUCUCAAGUGCAGACUUGCAGACUUCUGCACCCCUCAUCUUCGCCGACUAUGAGAAGCGACGCCUUGCCAAGGAAGCAGCUCGUCCGUCCGACCCGACCCAUCCCGGUAUCGGACAGACAACUCCGCCCUCGCAAGUGCCUACGGAGGUGGUGGAUCUGUGCAUGAUCAGCGCCGCGGCAAUAGAACAUAUUCACAGGGACACAGUGUGGACCACGAAAGUGGCGUCGUUGUGGAAAAAGACCCAGAUGAGGUGCCGCCUGCCGAAAACGGCGGAUGCAGUCUUCAACCAGUCGCUGUUUAGCAACCGAUUUAUCUGUGAUGUGACUGUGGAGUCGUUCCCAUGGCAGAACCCGCGGGGCGCCUACGGAUGGAAGUGGGCGGAACAGGAAAUCAACAAGGUGGGGCACUUAUGGGACGAAGAGCGGAAGGACUGGCAUCCCGAUGACGAAAUGGAGGCGAUACUGCAUGGGAGAAUGAGGAGGAGGCAAAGGGUGGUGGAGCUGCAGGAGGCCAUCCCCCCUGGGUGGAUCGAGAUGCUGAGCGCCUACGCAUGGAAGUGGGCGGAACAGGGAAUCGACAAGGUGGGUCACUUAUGGGACGACGAGCGGAAGGACCGGCAUCCCGAUGACAAAAUGGAGGCGAUGCUGCAUGGGAGAAUGAAGAGGAGGCAAAGAGUGGUGGAGCUGCGGGAGGCCAUCCCCCCUCGGUGGAUCGCGAUGCGGAGAAAAGAUGAAAUAACACCCGGGGAAUGGGUAAGGAUGAGAGGAAGCACGAGACCCGAGGGUCUGUAUAGGGUGGAACACAUUUCAGCAGGAGGGGGGCUAGAGGCUAUGGAGUGGCAGGUCACAUCGGAUAUGAAGGAUUAGGUGAACCCCUGCGAGAGGAGGGUACACAAUGGGAGCGCUCCCUGAAGAAGCUAGCAAUAAGCGCCAUGGAAACAGUGGCAGUAUGUGAAAGAAGACACAAGGGAGAAGGACAAUACCUGCCAUUUCGGGUGGCAUGUAGAAAGCAGGAUCUAAUAUGGGAUCCGGCAAAGUGGGAAUGGCCAGCUCAGGGGAUGCAGAGGAAAACUGUGCAGCUCCACGAUUUGAUCACAAAGAAUAUUUACAACGCGCUGCUGGAAUCCAUAGAAGACAUCUGCGGGGAAUUGAGGGACCGAUGGGCGAAGAGGGGCUGGAUCCCCGGUGUGGACUUCAACGGAUGGACACAAGGGAGAAGGAACGAACCCUGUGCUAUUCUGGCUGCCCUGCCUGACAAGAAUCAGGCGGGCCUGCUAUGGCAAAUAUACCAUCUGGCCAUCCCCACAGCGCAAUGGAUAGCAACAAAGAGCCGACACAAGG